UCCCACUUCCAUACUACCCCACCAGAAGAGUCCUUGUUUCUCUCUCUCUCUCUCUCUCUCUCUCUCUCUACAACUCCCCAUGGCUGACACCGACUCUACCACCGCCGCCGCCGCCUCCUCCUCCUCCGCCGCCGCAACGGUGGCGGAGACCAAACCUUCGGAAACCAAACUCUCAUGGGGCGACAUAGCGGACGAACCCGAAGAACCAGACGCCCCAUCAACAUCCGACGAAAAAUCCACCUCCGACGAUCUGAAGAUCGAAUCUUUAGCCAUAGACGAGACUAAAAAAGUCCACAAGUUCCUCGACGACCCCGAAGACUCGAACAUCAAAGCCGUUGUAGCGGGCGAUACUAUGUAUAACUCUGCGAAGUCGUUCGAGGAUUUGAAAUUGUCUCCGGACUUGUUGAAGGGUUUAUAUGUGGAAAUGAAAUUUGAGAGGCCGAGUAAGAUUCAAGCGAUCAGUUUGCCGAUGAUUUUGACUCCUCCGUACAAGCACUUGGUUGCUCAAGCACAUAAUGGUUCUGGAAAGACUACUUGUUUCGUGCUUGGCAUGUUGAGCCGUGUUGAUCCCAAAGUCAGUGCUCCUCAGGCUCUCUGUAUCUGCCCUACUCGAGAAUUGGCGAUUCAGAACAUGGAAGUACUUAAGAAGAUGGGAAAGUAUACAGGAAUUACUUCGGAAUGUGCUAUACCAAUGGAUAGCACCAAUUAUAUGCCAAUUUCAAAGCGACCACCAAUUACAGCUCAAGUGGUGAUUGGCACUCCUGGUACCAUCAAUAAAUGGGUUUCAGCAAAGAAAUUGAGCAUGAGUUUUUUGAAGAUUCUUGUUUUUGAUGAAGCUGACCACAUGUUGGCAGAGAGUGGCUUUAAAGAUGAUUCCGUGAGGAUAAUGAAGGCUAUUGUCAGAAGCGCUCCAGACUGCCAGGUGCUUCUUUUUUCUGCCACUUUUGAUGAUGCUGUCAGGGCCUUUGUAUCAAAGAUUGUUAAAGAUCUCUUCCAAGGAGAUUACAACCAAAUGUUUGUUAACAGAGAAGAACUGUCCUUGGAAUCUGUAAAGCAGUACAAAGUGAAGUGUCCUGAUGAACUUGCAAAGAUAAUGGUAAUUAAGGACAGAAUUUUUGAAUUAGGACAGAGGGUGGGGCAGACAAUUAUUUUUGUUCGCACGAGAAAUAGUGCCAGCAUGCUGCAUAAAGCACUUACUGAUGAUGGCUACGAGGUCACGACUAUUCAAGGUGCUCUCAAGCAAGAAGAUAGGGACAAGAUUGUCAAGGAGUUUAAAGAUGGAUUAACUCAAGUACUCAUAUCAACUGAUCUGCUUGCCCGGGGUUUUGACCAAUCACAGGUUAAUUUGGUUGUCAAUUUUGAUCUUCCGGUGAAGCAUGACUCCCCAUCAGAACCCGACUGUGAGGUGUACUUGCAUCGGGUUGGGAGGGCAGGACGUUUUGGCCGCAAGGGAGCCGUGUUCAAUUUGCUGUGUAAUGAUAGAGAUGUUAUGAUCAUGGCCAAGAUUGAGAGACACUUCAACAUGGAAAUAGCUGAGGUGCCAUCCUGGAGAAGUAAUGAAGAUUUUGAGGCAGCUCUUAAAAAGGCCGGUUUGCUUUGAAUGUUUAAGAGGACAUGAUAUCCAGCGUUUAUACUUGAAAAUGAACACCAGUGAUUUCAGUGAUUUCUGGUGUUUUGAGUCAUCAGUAUAGUUGCACACAAUGAUAUAUCAGUUUUCGUGUAACUUUUUUUGUAUCUUAGCAUGACAAUUGGCUGUGUGCAUCCCUAGUUCAUGUUGGCUCCAGCUGUUUGGUUUUAUAGAAGGGGUUUGGUUUUGUGAAUAAUUAUUUCUACCUAUGUUUUGGAAGUUAAGGUGUUUUUAUUUUUAUUUUUUUAAUGUGGAUAUGGAGUUGUUACACCAAAGUUACCAUUUGGAGGAAUGCAAAUAAUGCUAUUCUUUUGUA